CGACGCUUUUUUAGGACGCAGAUGUGUGCAUGACAUUGGUGUGGUUUGAAUGAUCUGAGCAGGUCAGGAUGGCUCUGUCGUUGUCCAGAGUGAUUUUGCCCAAAUUGAUAGAGCAGAGGGCUUUCAGGGUUGCCUUGUCGUCAUUUAUCCCUUGUAAUGAUCUCACAUGUUCGCCACAAAUCUCAUAUAUUAUCAUCUCACUGCAGUGUGUCAUCAGCUGUUGCAGCUAUUCAGAAGUUAACACGCGUGAGGGUGGUCGACAACAGUGCUCUUGGAAAUGCCCAUCACCACCGUCCACCAAAAGUCAUUCACGUAUACACCAAGAAUGGAAUCGGUAAAGUGGGAGACAGAGUCUUACUGGCCAUUAAAGGACAGAAGAAAAAAGCUCUCAUAGUGGGUCACAAGAUGCCUGGAGCUCGAAUGACCCCACGCUUCGACUCAAAUAACGUGGUUUUGAUUGAAGAGAACGGAAACCCCACAGGAACAAGAAUAAAAGCUCCUAUACCAACACAUCUGCGCAAAAUGGAAGGAGAAUAUUCCAAACUGUUAGCCAUCGCUCAGCGAUUUGUUUAAAACAGAGAUUCUGUAUUCCGGGAGGACAAAUCCUAAAAUAGGUCUCCUGUAUUUAACUAUCGUUGUAAAUAUAUAUAUAACAAAUGUUUUCAUGCCAUUCAGGAAAUUACCUUUCAUGGUUACAUGUGUAAUAAUAUGUAAUAAAAUAUAUGGAUGAAACUGUA